CUCACCUGGAAUCGCUUCCUCCACCUGCGCAAAAUCCGCCGUCGCAUCUCGCUCGUGUCGUCGAUGAUCAGCGCGGUCGGUUUCACAGGCGCGGGGAUUGUUACGUUGACAGAGCGCGAUCUUGAUUCCUGGGGCGCAGCGGCGCUGGGCGCGGAUCCGAUGAUUGUGCUGGGCUUGGGCACGGUGGGGUUCGCGGGGGUGGGGUGGUUGCUGGGACCGUUUUUCGGGAAUGCGGUGUUCAAUGCUUGGUAUAGGAAUGUGAGGGGACAGAUGGAGGUUAAAGAGCGAGCCUUUUACGCACGAAUCAAAAAACACCGUGUCGACCCCACCGCAUCCUCCCUCUCGAACCCGGUCCCGGAUUACUAUGGCGAGAAGAUCGGCAGCGUGGCGGACUACAGGCGGUGGUUGAAAGACCAGCGGGCGUUUAAUCUGAAACGUGGAAGCUUU